AUGGCGCCACGUCUUUCUGCCUGCCUUGUGUUCUUACUCAUAUUGGUUCUUUCACUCCAAGAGUCUCCCUUGCAUGCUGCUGAUACUCUCACUGCGGAACAGCCGCUCUCUGCUGAUCAGAAAUUGAUCUCUCAGGAUGGCAAGUUCGCUCUGGGGUUCUUCCAGCCUGCAGCUGGAGGAUCUUCUAGCAGGUGGUACAUAGGCAUAUGGUACAACAAAAUCCCAGUGCAAACUGUAGUCUGGGUAGCUAACAGAGAUAAACCGAUCACUGAUCCAACCUCAUCAAAUCUUACCAUCUUAAAUGAUGGAAAUAUUGUUCUCCUAGUGAAUCAUUCUGAAUCUCCUGUAUGGUCUACCAAUAUUGUAAACAAUACAAUCGCCAGUUCCCCAGUUGCUGUGCUCCUUGACAGCGGGAACCUAGUAGUCAGACAUGAGUCCAACACAUCUGAGGUGUUAUGGCAGAGUUUCGACGAUUUUACAGACACAUGGCUGCCAGGUAAUAAGCUCAGUCGGAACAAGAAAACCGGAGUUAUCAAACGGAUGAUCUCUUGGAAAGACCGUGCUGAUCCAGCACCAGGAAUGUUUUCCAUUCAGUUGGAUCCUAGUGGUGCCACUCAAUAUAUUCUCCUGUGGAAUAGCUCGUCAGUUUACUGGGCUUCAGGCAACUGGACUGGCAACACAUACACUGGUGUGCCAGAGUUGUCACCUACCAAUAGCGAUCCCAAUUCAGCAUACACGUUCCAGUUUGUUGACAAUGACCAGGAGACGUACUUCAACUACACUGUUAAGAAUGAUGCACAAUUAACAAGGGGCGUCAUUGAUGUGUCAGGUCAUUUUCAAGCUUGGGUAUGGGCAGAUGCAGCGCAAGCAUGGCAACUUUUUUUUGCACAACCAAAAGCUAAGUGCAGUGUUUAUGGGAUGUGCGGCACAUAUAGUAAAUGUAGCGAAAAUGCUGAAUUAUCAUGCAGUUGUCUCAAGGGCUUCAGUGAAAGUUAUCCAAACAGUUGGAGACUAGGUGAUCAGACAGCAGGCUGCAGGAGAAACCUCCCAUUGCAGUGUGGUAACAAUGGCUCAGUGAAGGCAAAGCAAGAUAGAUUCUUUAUGAUUAGCAGCGUCAAGUUGCCAGAUAUGGCACACACCAGAGAUGUAACCAAUGUUCACAACUGUGAAUUAACCUGCCUGAAGAAUUGUUCUUGCUCUGCUUACUCUUAUAACGGUACUUGCUUGGUUUGGUACAACGGUUUGAUAAAUUUGCAAGAUAACAUGGGUGAAUUGAGUAAUAGCAUCUUUAUUAGAUUGUCUGCCUCAGAAUUACCCCAGUCAGGAAAAAUGAAAUGGUGGAUUGUUGGGAUUAUCAUUGGUGGACUUGUUCUCAGUUCUGGGGUGAGUAUAUUAUAUUUCCUAGGUAGGCGAAGAACAAUUGGAAUAAACCGAGAUGAUGGGAAAUUGAUCACUUUCAAAUACAAUGAACUACAGUUUCUAACAAGAAACUUUUCUGAGAGAUUGGGUGUAGGUUCUUUUGGCUCUGUGUACAAAGGGAUUCUACCAGAUGCAACAACAUUGGCAGUUAAGAAACUAGAGGGGCUUCGUCAGGGGGAGAAGCAAUUCAGGGCGGAAGUGAGCACCAUUGGGAAUAUUCAGCACAUAAACUUGAUUCGACUUCUAGGAUUUUGUUCCGAAGGGGCGAAGAGAUUACUUGUCUACGAGUAUAUGCCCAACGGUUCGCUUGAUCAUCACUUGUUUCAGAACAAUUCUGCGAUUUCGAGUUGGAAAAGAAGAUAUCAAAUAGCUAUAGGAAUUGCCAAGGGAUUGGCUUAUCUGCAUGAUGGGUGCCGAGAUUGCAUCAUACAUUGUGAUAUUAAACCACAGAAUAUACUACUGGACAUGUCAUUUACCCCAAAAGUGGCAGAUUUUGGGAUGGCAAAGCUCUUAGGCCGGGAUUUCAGUAGGGUUUUGACUUCAAUUAGGGGCACAAUAGGAUAUCUUGCACCGGAGUGGAUAAGUGGUGAGUCCAUAACAACAAAGGCAGAUGUUUUCAGCUAUGGGAUGAUGCUAUUUGAGAUCAUUUCCAGAAAGAGAAAUCUAACACAAACAGAGACAAGAACAGAAAUAUUCUUUCCUGUGCUAGUUGCAAGGAAGCUUGUACAAGGAGAAGUGCUUACACUGUUGGAUUCUGAAUUGGUGGAUGAUGUGAACUUAGAGGAGCUUGAAAGGGCGUGCAAGGUUGCUUGCUGGUGCAUUCAAGACGACGAGAGCUCCAGGCCAACAAUGGCAGAAGUUCUUCAAAUGCUAGAAGGAUUGGUAGAUAUCGAAGUGCCACCUGCCCCAAGAUACCUCCAGGUUCUUGCUGAAGGUGCAGCGAGUAAAACUUAAUUUUCUGACAUAUGAAGAAAGUGACUAGGUAGUCUGCAAGAAAUUUAUCUUGUGUAUAAAUAAAAGAGUGUAACACUGAACUAUUGAUGAAUUAUAA